AUGGAAUUUUUGGAAUGGCUUGUGACACAAAGAUUAGCCUUAUGAGAGAACAUUAAACAAUAAUUCAUUUCUGAAAUCCGUUGCUUCUUCUUCGAGUGAACUUUUUAAUCUUCUCUCACGUUUCUCUGAUAUAUAUUGGAAAUAAAUAAUUUAAUGAAUUAAGUAUAUAGAUAGAAUCUUUAUUAUACUUUUCAUUUCACUUCAUUUUAAAUUAUAUCAAAUGAUUGAGAGAUAUUUUUAUGUAUUGUAAUUCAUCGAACAAGAAAAUUUAUAAGAAAAAAUUUUAGUAUGUAAAUUGUUGCACCGAUAUAAUACAAUCUUACGAUAAAUACCUUAUAAAUGUACGAUAUUAAAUGGAAAGAAAUUUCUAUUUAAAAAAUGUACAAAAUAGCAAUGAUAUCAGGUAGGACUUGUUACAUGUCUGAUAUUACAAUAAACACGUGAAUAAAAAUGUAAAAUUUAUUUUCAUUUAUUAGAAUACUUUAAAAAAAGAAAUUGUAAAUUAUUUUUCAUAGCAACAAGACAUUCUGGUGCCAUUUUGUGGUUGUCUUCUUAUCGCGCGUAGAUAUAUCAGUGGUUACGUAAUGGUAUACUGGGUUCUUUGCUCGAACACGAAAUCAAUAAACACGUGGUGGGGCACAGAAACAUGGAGGGGAAUCGAGAAUCUUCGAGAAAAGUAGUGCAGAUCGUGCGCCUUCUGUACAGAAGUUGCACAACGUGGUCGGGCAAGUGUACGUUCCCGAUCCCAUCGCAUGGCCGGCACAAUGAGUCCUUGUCUGAAAUAGAAAAACAAGUGACUGCGAAAUGGUUAAUAAAACAAAAAUAUACGCGUGCAAUGAUAAUUUUUAUCGUGUGCAUGCCGCAGCUAAUGUCAUUAAGAGACUUGUGCCUCUAUUUGAUAGAGUUCUCAUACAAAGAGCCGAAGCUAUAACAAAAACCAAAGGUGGUAUUGUUUUACCAGAGAAAGCUCAAGCGAAAGUAUUACAAGGAACUGUUGUAGCGAUUGGACCUGGACAAAGGAAUGAUGUAUGUAAGAAAUAUCUGAAAGGAGAACACAUUCCUCUGAGUAUCAAAGUUGGUGAUGUCGUACUAUUGCCAGAAUAUGGCGGAACUAAAGUAGAAAUUGAAGAAAAUAAGGAAUUUCAUUUGUUCCGUGAGUCGGAUAUACUGGCAAAAUUAGAAGUUUGA